UCCAAAUUCCUUCUUGCCCUUUUCGUCCCUUUCGUCUCUCUCUUUCUCUCUCAAAUAUCCAUAUCGUCAUAUGCCAAUUGCCAUACACAAAUCGCACAGCUUUUCUUCUUCUUUGACUUCAUCCUUUUCUUUGCUAUAUUACUAUUUCUGCUUUGUUUGAUAAAUACUCAAAAAAAGAAAAAAAAAGAAAGAGGAAUGAAAUUUGGGAAGGAAUUUACGACCCACUUGGAAGAAACCCUCCCAGAGUGGAGAGACAAGUUCCUGUGCUACAAGCCUCUCAAGAAGCUUCUGAAGAACGUCCCCACCGAUUCCGACGCCGAAAAUCGUCCCAACAACCCCGACCUCCAAGACUGGUUCAUCAGGAUCCUCAACGAGGAGCUCGACAAGUUCAAUGAUUUCUACGUCGACAAAGAGGAAGAAUUCGUCAUUCGUUUCCAGGAGUUGAAAGAAAGGAUUGAGCGAGUCAAGGAGAAGAGCAACAAUGGAAGAGCCUAUACAUCAGAAAGUGAGUUCAGUGAAGAAAUGAUGGACAUUCGUAAAGACUUUGUCACCAUUCAUGGAGAGAUGGUGCUUCUCAAAAACUAUAGCUCCUUAAACUUUGCAGGACUAGUUAAAAUUCUGAAGAAGUAUGAUAAGCGAACCGGGGGAUUAUUGCGUCUACCCUUCACGCAACUUGCCCUUCGCCAGCCUUCCUUUUCAACUGAACCUCUCACAAGGCUAGUCCGUGAAUGCGAGGCGAAUCUUGAGCUUCUCUUCCCACUUGAAGCAGAAAUCAUCGAGUCUACUCCAACCUCACAAGACAAGACAGAGCAACCACAGAAUAACUCGGUAAAUAUGUCUGAGACGCCAUCAAAUCUUGGUGAUGAAACAAUGUACAUAUAUCGCAGCACGCUUGCUGCUAUGAGAGCCAUAAGAGGUCUUCAAAAAGCAAGCUCUACUUACAAUCCGUUGUCAUUUUCAUCCCUCGGCAGGAGCCGCGAGGACGACGAAACCGGAGCUAUAACAGCUGAAAACUCCGCUUCAAAUUCGCCUGCAACCUUACAUAAUGAAGAAGAGCCUGAGCAAGAAAGUGCACGUUCUGUUUAAUUGUUCAUCUCGUUGGUUGAUGUUUAUGCAUGUAUUUUCUAGUUUCUUCUACUGGGUUGGAUUGAAUAACAGGCUAUGUACAGCCCUGUAUAAUCAGUUGGAUGAUUUAGUGGACGUUUGGUUCAUAGAUUCAGAAUUAUUUUCGAUUUACGUAUGUUUUUUUGUGAGAAAAAAUACUGUAGUAAGUCACGAACCAUGACACGAAUCUACUAACCAAACGCAGCCGUGAUCUUUGUAUUCAAAGUAAAUUGGAAAAUGCAAAUUUUCUCAACAUGUGUUGA